AUGAUCCUGACGUCGGAACCCACAUCUCUACGGCGGUGGAGGAAGCACCCCUUCUCCUCCUUCCCGCGUGGAGGCAGAACUUGUCAGGCCUCCGACACUCUCAAUUGCAAGGGAAAGUCUUACCCCACCUACACGUGCUCUCCUCCUAUCACAUCCUCCACAAAAGCCAAGUUAACAAACAACGACUUCAACAAAGGCGGCGAUGGUGGUGGGCCAUUGGAAUGCUACAAUAGGUACUAUGAAAACUCUGAAAGGCUGGUUGCACUUUCCACCGGAUGGUAUAAUGGAGGAUCGCGGUGCGGGAAGUUCAUAAAGAUAAAUGCCAAUAAUGGGAGGACUACGACGAUGAAGGUUGUGGAUGAGUGCGAUUCAAGAAAUGGGUGCGAUGAAGAGCAUGCAGGUCAGCCACCAUGCAAGAACAAUAUCGUUGAUGGUUCGGAUGCUGUGUGGAGUGCUUUGGGAUUGAAUAAAGAUAUCGGAAUUGUGGACGUUACUUGGUCCAUGGCCUAAAUUUAAUUGGUUUAGCAAAAAUUACAAAUGUCCAUGAAUAAUGUUUAAGGACCAUUUAGGUUUGCCAUCAAAAUUAAUUAGCUGUUUAUGCCUGAGUUUAUGCGGCUACAAAAGCUGCAAAAACAUGUUAUAUAUAUAUAUAUAUAUAUAUGUAUGAAGUGAAUAACUUGACCUGUGCUGUCAACUCCAUUACCAUGUAAUGGAAUCGAUGGCAAUUUGGC